UAUAUUCUUCAAGAGAGCACCAGCUGAACUUCAUUCAAAAUUCUAUCAAAUUAUAUAUCACUUUCCAGCGACAACAAAACUCCUUUUCCAUGUCGCGCGUGUUCAACAGGGAUGAAAUCCCCCGGGACAGGAGUAUGGUCCAGGAGCUCAGAAGCGAAAUUACCCGCCAUUCGGCGGAGAUCAGCUUCAACUUCUGGCAGGAGUUCGAACACAUCCGGUCCACCCAGCAGAAUCGCAUGGUGCAGGAGCGUUUGCAGCGCGAAAGGAUCAGCACCUUGAUGCGGGAUGGUCAGCAGGAGGCCAACCAGGAGGCGGAGGCCCUGAGCCGAUCGAUCAGUGCCCAUGGAAUGACGGUAAACUCGACCCACUUGCCAUCACCUUCGGCGGCAGCAGUUCCAACUGCAUCCUUGCUGAAGAACACUUUGGCCCAAGGAGUCAAAAAUAAGCCGAAUCGCCCAAGUACCGCUGUCAAACGGAAACCCCAAAAGCAAAAAUUCCAGGUUGCCAAGACCAACAAGUCAAAGCCAAGGCCCAAAAACGAAGAUCAAUCCACCUUGCCAUCGCCAGCCCCUUCGAAUAUUCCAAGGGCACCGCCCACCUCCAGAGCCACCAUGAUAACCCCUAAUAUCUCCAACGGGGCGACCCCCAACAUUUCCAAGCUUCGAUUGGCCAACAAGCCCAAGAAGUAACGAUUUUAUUCAACCAACUAAAUUUUAUUUUUGACAGCAAGAGUGCAUGUUUUACUAGUCCUAGAAAAGUUAAAGGAAUUAAAAAAAUAAAC